CGAGCAUAGAUGGAAUUGGUUUGCUAUCCAAAUGUGGUCUUUUCUUUUUCUAACUAUUCACAUAUUUGUGGGAAUCACAAUGGGCUCCCUGAAUUGUCCAACUGAAAAUUCACAUCCACUCAAGUUUCAUUUGGUGCGGCAAUGCCAAAGAGCUUCGGCGCAUGAUGCACUUGCUCUGGAAAAUGUAUCUUCUCUAGAGGAGUGCGCUAAUCUGGCUCAAGAAUUAAGAGGUCUAGCCAUAAACUAUGCACCUGGAGGUCCCAAAAGGACUAUUAACAUAUUCGAGGCCAGGGUAUCAACAAACGUGACCGAAAAACAGAAGCACAUACGAAGCCGAUUGACAGUUUUUGAGCAGCCGGGUGAAUUUUUCAACUGUCAUGUGCUUCAGUGUCCGCAAAAUACAAGCUUCUCUGGAAUGGUAAACGACAGUCGCUUUGAUUACUACAGCUUAUAUGGCAGGCCAACAGUUCUUCAAAACUACAGUUGCGUGCCCGAGGUGGGCCUAUUUGUGGUGUAUACACAACCUAGCGGUUAUCUAAACGCUUCUUUGAAGUGCACCAACUCCAGUGAGUUUACAGGCAGCCUUGCCCACAUUGCAUCCGAAUCCCGCACGUCAUCCUUGGCCCAAUGGCUUCUGGACUUUAAUAAAAAGACUCCAAGUAGUGUCCAACCUGAGACAAAUGUUUUCCUUGCCUAUGUUGGUUUGGCUUAUAACCGUUCUACUUCCCUCAAUCCUCUGGACUUUAGGAACUCACAGCAGGAGAGUCUGAAUUGCUUCUUGUAUAGAGCCUGGGCUGUAAAUCAUCCUCGCUUGGGCUCUGAGCUAACCAAUGCCAGCUGCGUGGCUUUGACGCCCCAAGGCACUUGGCAAACACUGAAUUGCGACAGGGAACUGCCUUUCAUUUGCGAAAUCCAUACGGCAAAGACGUCUAAUGAAUUGGACCAACCUGAUUCCCAACUGGACAUCGGGAAAAAUGCGGUGCUUGAGUGUGACAACUAUUGAGUCUCGGGGAGCAGCUCUGAUAUUCGCAGCCGUUAUUUAUUAACUUAAGCAGUUUUCGAAACACAAAAGCCAAAUGUAUAGUAUUAAUUGUAAAGUGUUGGCCCUGUUCUCG